GAUGUGGAAGCUGCUGACCUGCAAAACAGAAAGGAAAAACUGUGGGGCAGUGCAGGCUCACUGAAAGUGUACGCCAAAUUUCAAUACACAGUAAUUGAGGAAACACCUGAGUAUGUCAGUUUGGAGAUAAUAAAGCACAGUUGCAACGCUUUCUGUAGGAGAAGAAUACUCAAUUUAUAACAGUGGUUAACGAAAUAAUCCCACACAUUGUGCAUAUCAGGUCCUUAAAACGUUAAUAAAGGUCUGCUCUGGAGGCAAGAAAAUAGGGAGAGAAUUAACUGAUAUAUGCAUUCCUUGGAGUGUUAGAAUGCUGAUUUACUGCCACCGAUUUAAUGUGGAAGGCUUUUAAGAAAUGUAACAAAUAUUUCCUAACAGCGGUCAGCAGAUUACCCGCUGAUCACCUAGCGUUGAUUUGACGGUAGACUUGGUUGGCAGUGGGCACUGACCUGACGGGGACACAAUGUUUGAAAUAUAAUUUACCCUGAAAAAGGAACCGAGAAUCAACAAACCUGGACAAAGGACCUGGGCAAAGUGUACAAACAGGAGCUGGCAGACAAAGUUUGCUAAGAAAAAGAGCCGUGGGUUCAAGUCUAAGCGCUGAACUUACUUGCACGGUGCGCCCUUGUAAGUAGCCAGUGGGUUGCUGGUCCGAUCUUUACGCAGUUAUCCUGUUGGCACACUGUACUGCCCAGUGAUUGCCACCUCCUGUCUGGCUGGGAUCUACACUGAGAUAUUGUCCAAGGACUGACUGAGUGCAGUAUAAGUAAGGGAGAUCACAGCACUUGCACCGUUGUUGGAUCAUGGCUCAUAGUUUUGGAGGUGUACUUAUUUGGGGAUGUUGUUGUUGGCGGAUUUUUCUUCUGACAGUAGCCGGUAGCAGUAAUUUACUAGUGGACAGCAACAAUGAGCUGCAUUCAAGUUUUGUUUAUCGCCGAUUGAAAAGCCACGAAAAGCGCGAGGUGCAGAGGGAGAUAUUGUCAGUGUUGGGGCUGCCCCACCGACCUCGACCGCACGUACAGCCUGGCAAGUACAACUCUGCCCCUCUCUUCAUGCUGGAUCUGUACAACUCCAUGACAUCUGGUCAGCGAGAUGCCGAAGAGGAAGGGGAGGAUGAAGCAUUCUUCAGUGAAUACAACAGCGGUGGGACUACCACACCAAAUUCCCAACUUCCCAGCGUGCAAGACAGUGCAUUUCUAAGUGAUGCUGACAUGGUCAUGAGUUUUGUUAAUUUGGUUGAGAAUGAUGGAGAGUUUUCAUCUCACUGGCAACAUUACAGAGAAUUCAAAUUUAACCUGUCCCAGAUACCAGAAGGAGAGGCAGUGACAGCAGCAGAGUUUCGCAUCUAUAAGGACUGCACUAGAGGGGGUUAUGAAAAUGAAACUUUCCUUCUCAGCAUCUACCAGGUUUUACAGGAGCAACCCUACAGAGAUACAGAUCUGUUUCUGCUGGAUUCACAAACAAUAUGGGCUUCCCAAGAAGGCUGGCUUGAGUAUGACAUCACAGCUACCAGUAACAUGUGGGUUAUGAAUCCUCAGUAUAACCUGGGAUUGCAGCUGAGAGUGGAAACUACAGAAGGUCACAGUAUAAAUCCCAGGGAUGCAGGUCUGGUAGGAAGAGAUGGACCUUAUGACAAGCAACCAUUCACAGUAGCCUUCUUCAAAGCAAGUGAGGUGCAUGUUCGAACCACACGAUCAACAAACAGGCGCAAACAUCAGAAUCGGAAUCGUUCUACACACACUCAAGAAGUCUCAAGAGUCUCCAAUGAUGACUAUAACAGCAGUGACCUAAAGACAGCAUGCAGGAAGCAUGAACUUUAUGUCAGUUUCCGAGAUCUGGGGUGGCAGGACUGGAUAAUUGCACCAGAAGGGUAUGCAGCCAAUUAUUGUGAAGGCGAGUGUUCCUUUCCACUAAAUGCUCACAUGAAUGCUACAAAUCACGCAAUUGUUCAGACUCUGGUUCACCUAAUGAAUCCAGAAAAUGUACCCAAGCCAUUCUGUGCACCUACCAAGCUAAAUGCCAUUUCAGUUCUCUACUUUGAUGACAACGCCAAUGUUAUUUUAAGAAAACACAAAAAUAUGGUAGUCCGAGCUUGUGGAUGUCAUUGACUAGAAAAAGGAGUACUUCUAGAACAGCAGGCAUUUAAGAAAAAGUCAAGUUUGUCGAUAACAUUGUGUCAUUGUACUGGCAAGGAGAUGUACUUGUACUUCGUGCCUUUCUAAAGCCUCAGUCAAAAGCCUGCAAUCUUCUGUAUUCAUCCAAUGAAGUGGAAGUGCACGCAACAAUAUGAAUGGCAUUUUACCCCCUUAAGUGAAAAGGGUGUCUAGUGUGACACAUUGAGAAGACAUUUUAAAUGUACUGCUAUUGUGUAAUGCUGAAAAUAACAGUCUGUGGAACGUUGCAAGUUGAUUUCUUAUCUAAAGCUUGUUUUGGUACCAAAGUACAUAUGAAGCAUAGCAUUAUACCCAUAUGUUUUUUUUCUAUGCGUUUUGUGGAGGGAUCAUGUUCUCACAGGGUUGCAGUAGAGGACUUUAUUUCAUGCAUCCUACUUUUCUCCACAGCAUCAGGCAGUACUACAUGAAGAUCAGUCUUUAUUGAAGCUUGUGCAUUUAUUGUUGGACUUCUCUCCUUCCCCCAUCACCAUACAAACUCCAGCAUCCAUCUAGAUGAAGCUCUUCAGGCAGCUAGCAUUUUUUCCUUCAGUAAACCUUCCAUCAGUCUGUUUAAGCACUCUUUUGAAGAACAUUAAUGUUACAAAAGUGCUAACAUGGUCUUUAUACAGAUCAUUUGGACACGAGAAAUGAAAACAGAAUGUACACAAAAGCUAAAAAGGAAAUGUUAAUAUACUUGUUUCUACUCUUAACAGAAAAUCAGUGUUUUAUCUGUAUUACAAAACAAUGUUGAAUAAGAGAAAUACCUUUGUAUGUGACUGUUUAUCUUUAAGUACAGAAUUGAUGGUUGUCUCCUCGCUUUUUCCUGUAAACACUUGGAUGCAUUUACUAAACAUAAUUUAUUACAUUAACUAUCAUUUUGUCUCACCUUGUUUAUAAAUUAAACACUUCAGUACUUUUCUGAAAAAAUUUAUUUUAUAAAUCUGUAGAGAAUGUCAUAUAAACACAUAUUUUUAUACAAAGUCCUGAAGCAACAUUUUUAGUACAAUGCAAACAUUCAGUGAAGUCAAAGUAAAAAGGGUCAACUAUAACCAUACCUUGUGUUACCCAGAAAGAUUUUAUUAAUAGUUUUUAAUGGCACUUUGCCUGUCUAGCACUUGAACGCCUUAAUGGAAAAUAUAAAAACAUCACAAAAUAUGUUGCAGAAGACUGUCAGUUGAUUUAAAACUACUACUCAAGUGAUAUACACACUUCCAACAACUGUAGAGAGAUCUAUUGCUAUGUGAUAUGUGACAGCUUCAGCAAGCUGACAAUAAGAUGAAAUGGAAAUACUACACGCAUUCAGAUAUUUCUAACCACACUACUGUGGCCGUCUAAAUAAGCUCUGUAGAGAGCUCCUUGUGACAUUAACAGGACAACAGACAAACCUAUGGCUUUUCUGUCCAUAAGAACUUACAGGAAAACUCCACCCUCACGUUUUUACACUGAUGAGCCUCCCUGUAUUACUCCAGUGCAGGAAAAUGACCAGAAAAUAUUCACUUCUGUGUGCAAAAAAAUAAGACCCACCUACAAUUACAGUUGUACAUUGUCUGGCAGACCCAUUUAUAUGAAGUACCCUUGACAGAAGGAAAUUUGUAGUUUCACCCCUUAGUUACAGCCCACAAUUUUAAAUAGCCAGUCUACUGUCUGUGUGAGGUCAGCAGCUAAGAAAAAUGCAUAUGGUUUGGGAACUUAUUUCCCCUCUGUGCUGCUUAACAGAAUUAAAACAUGACAUGUGACAUUAUAAUGAGCUGCAUAUUUUUGUUAAUUGUCCAUGGUUCUUGGAAAUCUUAACUGCACAUAGCAAGGACCAUUUUUUUUAAACGCUAAACUUUUUUGAAGAUUAACAUACAUCAAGUAAUCUCGCAGUUAUAGCCUAUAUAAAAUAUUUCAGCAUGCAAUGUUAAAACAUCACAUGGCUAACUUUUAUAAAAGCUAAAACAAUUGGAUUUGCCAUCAAUACAGUACUGCAGCAUCGACUCUCAUUCAGAAUGGACUAAGCAAUUUUCUGUAGCCCCACCAUUACUGCUAGUAACUGGAUUACUAUUUUUUAAACUUUAAUAUUCUGAUGCCUUACAUGGAUCAGUUCUCCUGCAGUUGUAGCACUUAUACAAUAAUUAAUCCUACAUCAGCCUGGUCAGUUAUAUGAAGAAGAUAAAAACUACAGCAAUAUUUGACCAAUGUCACACAUUAGGAAAACAAUGCCUACAAACUUUUUUGUACUCCUCAGUUUAGCUUUUGCAAAUAGCCACAUCAUAACCAUCCACAUUCUGGAGGUUGUAGCCUCUUCUGAUGUGGGUAUACAGAUGCGGCUGGUCAUGGGAGUGCAGUGAAUUUGGCUGCGAGCAAACAGCUAAAUUACUUUACUGUGGCCAUUAUGGCUCUUACUUUCUUCAUAAUCAUACUUUAAGUAUACACAGAGUGGCUAUCUUUAUGGUGGCAGGCUGCAUGAAAAGGAAGGAAGGAGUACUAAAUAUCAUCACUGUCAAACAACUCUUCAUAGAGAUUGUUGGAGGGCACUGUACAAAAGAGUUUGAUAGCAACAAGUCAAAGCACAGUACUACAGUCCAUUUGUUUCAUUUUCUUCAGAAUCAAAACUUCACAAAAGGUAAAAUGAGUUUGGAGUUUAUACAGAAAAUAGCUAUCAUUAUUUUGGUAAGUAGGGUAGCUACAUGAUCACUUAAAUGGUCAAUGAUGUGGCUCACUGGGGGACCAGGGUAUAUGUCGUAGAACAAGGUGAAUUGCAGUACUGUGGACAGUUCCACUAUAUUUUACAGUGUGGAAGGUACCCUACAGUUUCAGGAAGAUGAAAUAAUCCUGUCAAAGCUUCAAAUGAACAAAACUCCCAAUAAAAGUAUAGCAUGGGCCAUCCACCCACACACACCUUACUAAAAUACACUAACUCCACUGUUGCACAAUUGGGAAGAAAAAAGAAACAGAAAAGGAAUCAUUGAACACGCAAAGUGCGUUGCAAGUGAUUGCCUAUGGAAUCAAUGAAUAGAAUUUAUCAGCCAGUUGACAAGUUUGUUUCCUGCCCACUUUACAUAACUUAACAACCGCGGACAUUGGACUGAUGCAACUUCUAGUAUUUGUUGUACUUUUGAAAACCAGGCAAGAGAAUACAUUUUUCAGCUUUCAAGCUGUUACUAUGUUAAAAAUUUCACAGCAACUGUAAUGCAAGUGUCCCUACAUUCAAUUCACAAGACAAGUACACACUUUUACUUUUUCUCACAGGGGGGUGAAUAUACAAUAAAUACAAUCAUAUCAUUUUGCUUCUUGUAACAAUCAAAAGGACUAUGCAUCACUCUCAGAAAGCAAUGUUUUCCAGCAUUUGAAAUGUUAGUAACUUGAAAUGAACAGUACCCAGGAAUUGGCCUGACAGCACAGUAAUUUGCUACUGGUGAACCUAUAAGUACUAAACAGAGAUUCUAAUCGAACAGCCAGAUUUGGUGUUAAAAACUUCACUGCAAAAUGUCAAAACUAUUUCAGGGAUAAUCAAUAAAUCUAAAACCAAUGAGAACAGAGCAAUUUAGCCAGAUGAACACAAACCAUAUAUAGGCUGACCGGCAAUUCCACACCACACAAGCCAAACAAUGGAUUACAAGUAGUUUAAUAAAGACAGUUAAGCAUUUUCAUCCUGUAGGACUUAAUCAGAACUGAAAAAUAGUGUACAUAACGCAUUUAAAUAUAAAAUGAAAUGAAAUCAUGUGAUUAAAUCCAUCCACUUUCAACAUUAACACCUAUUAAACAUUUAAUAAAUAAAUCUGUAUUAGAAUUGCUUUAACUCUAUAUAAGUCUAUGAAAAUGUAUGUUUAAAAAUCUUCCAAAAUUCAAGAUGAAUAUAUAAAAGAAAUUAAUAAAUGCAUGACAAAACCUGACUAUUUAAAAUCACGCUUAGCAGCAUGCUAUUUUAAAAUGCUCUUUAAAGAAACAGUUAUUUAAAGCUAGAUGUUCAUUUGCAUUACGUUUUAGCUGCUACAAUUCACUGUACUUGAGGGCAUGUUCCCAGGGACCACUCUUGAGUUUUGUAUAACCUGCUACAAAACUGUGAAAAAGAAUGCAUUACCAGUGGCACAUUCUAACUUGUGCUUAAACAAGGGCAUUGUAUCUUAGUAGUAGUAAUGUUCUUUGAUUCUUGUCCUUAAUUUGAAUUCAGUUUUACCAACAUAGAAACAAUAACAAUCACAGAAAGCUAAAUACACUACCCCUUUACUGAAGUGAAAGUAAAUUUACGUUUGAUAGUAGAUAAAAACAGUUCACUUCCUAUAUUAUUUUGCCCAUAUGUCUCAGAUUUGUUAAUUUCUUAGUAAUUGGUACAAAGAUGAUUACCUUUAUUUUAUUUUUCUUUAAAAUUAGCGUACCUUGAAAAAGUAACACGAUCUAGUACCAAGUUUUCCUCUCAAAAAAUUAUCAUGGGAAAUAUUCUAAUUAUUACAUACUAAGGACUUUUACAUAAUAUGGUGACUAUCCUUGUUACACUUAAUGCAUAGGCUAUUUUCAUAAUCCUGUGUCAUUUCUUUGCCAGCUUCAUUGCUGUAAUUAUAAAUUAAACCUGUCCCUAAGAUAGGUUUAAAUCUACCUUGUCUAUUCUGUAUAAUCUCAUCUUUUAUACUAGUGAGCACGUAUAACGGAUAGUCCCUUGCUAAAAACAUUCCAAUUAUUCUCAGUAUUGGAAAAUUGAUGGGUGAAUUUUAAAAACACUGUAAUGGAAUUAAUAUAUAUAACAAAAUUAGCAGCUGGACUCAACUACGCUUCCAAAUUCAUCCAGGAAGUGUAACACUGUUACAAUGUGUUGGGAAAUUAGGAUUAAGUGUAUAUUUCUUUUACCAAACCCAUAUUACCAAGUCUACAAAGAGAGGGGCACUUGGCCAUUCCUCUAAUCUGCCUGAAGUACUCACCCCUCAAAAUAAAUAAAAUUGUUAUUCAAGAUAGCUUCCACGAAGGAUACAAGAUUAAUUUCUUUG